AUGGAGUACAAGCUGGAAUUUUUGAGCUACCUACUCAUUUUUAAAAAAAAAAAUGAACGAAUUGCAAAGUUCGACGAGCAAAUAAAAACCUGCAUUAACAUAUUCGAAAAGGCGUUAAUUGACGAGGAGGAAUUGGCCUACCUGUUCGAGAAAAACAUUUUAGACAUUAACCCGUGUGUUCGCUCCCUAUGUUGGAAGCUGGCUUUGAAGCACCUCAGUUUAAACACGAGGAGGUGGAAUGAGGAACUGGCCGAAAAGAAGAAGCUGUACGAGGAUUAUAUAAAGUGCUUUGUACUGAAUCCGCUCAGGGGGGAGCAAACUGGCGCAGGGGAGGCGGUGGAGGCGGUGGAAGCGGGGACCAAAUUGAGCGGAGACCCCAAUGAAGACACGUCCUCCACCAAUUUGGACGACGACUCAGACGCCAACUUCAUAAACUGCGAACUGUUCAGCCAAAUUAAUAAGGACACGUUUCGAACGAGACCCGAGUUGUCUUUUUUUAAUUUGAACCCUCAGCAGACGAUUAACAAUAAUGUAAAAAUACUGAACAGCUUAAUUAGUAUAGAAGAGUUUGAAGAAGAGCCGGAAGAGGAAAUACCAUCUCUGGUCAACAUAAAGGAGAUGGGGGAGGGGCCCUCCGAGCAGACAGAACCCAAAGCGGAGAAUGCGCCAGGGGGAAAGGAAGAAUCGAUUAACGGUGUGCAAACUGCACAGAGAGGGGCAAAUGAAGAAGGCGCAAAAGAACAGCACUCAAAUGAGCAACAGGCAAAUGAACAGGGCGCCCCCCUUGCCGAUGAAGCCUCCCCCAAUUUUACCACCAACUCGAGGGAGGACACACAAAGUUGCCAAAAAAAGAACCACUAUGAACACUGCUUCGGUGACCACUCAGCAGAUGUGUGCGACAUUGUUAACCCGAAAAGGCAUUACGAUCUGUUGUGUAGAAUUCUAUUCAUAUAUGCAAAAAUUCACCCCUAUGUUAAGUACGUCCAAGGGAUGAAUGAAAUUCUAGCCCCCCUAUAUUUUAUUAUUUUUAAUGACCCCCUAUGUAACUGCCCUGUGCAAGGAGAAGCGGACACUUUUUUCUGCUUCAUCGAGUUAAUGCAAAAACAGAAAGAUGUUUUCUGUGAAGGGUUAGACAACACAGAUGAUGGAAUUAAUGGAAAGCUAAAAAAGUUUUCCCUUUUGUUAAGAAUAAAAGAAUACGAAAUUUGGAAAAAAUUAUACACUCUAAAAAUAGAAACGCAAUAUUAUGCCCUAAAAUGGAUUCUUUUAUUACUAACUCAGGAAUUUGAUAUGGCAGACACCAUCAUAUUGUAUGACCACUUUAUCAUUAAUAAUGAUGAGAACUUCAUUUUGUAUAUAUGUCUAGUCAUCUGUACGAAACUGAAGAGCUCCCUUUUGUGUGGGAACUUCACUGUGAACCUCAAACUUUUGCAAAACAUCCCUCCAUUUGAUCCUUAUGAUAUCAUUUAUGAAGCUAAAAAAUUAAUGUGCCACGAUUUUAAAAACAGCUUUGACAUCACAGAUGUGUAUAAUCAAUAUUAUGGAAAAAAGAAAAAAAUGAACUCGUGGGAAAGCCUACGAAACUGUAGUAGUAGCAUUGUCGAGGGGGACUCCUCUUCUUAUGAAGACCUCUCCAACAUGGACGAGGGGGAAAGCGGCAGCAGGCGCGGCUCUCUCCUCAAGUCCCUUCGCAAUAAAUCCAUUGUGCAAAAUAUUAAGAAUUAUAUAAGCAACAAAAUGGACAUGGCAAAAAGGGCCGAUGCCGAUUUGGACUUCGACGAGUUGUGA